ACUAAUGGCAAAUGGGGACCAUCUCUGUGAUUGCCCAAUCUCGAGGCAAUUUUCCCUCGCUUCCAAUUUGUCUCGUUCUCAUUAAAAAAAUAUAAACACUUACUACUGCUAUCAUCAAAUUGCGCCGAUUCUACAUUUUUUUUCAGAUUUUCCAUGCUUUCUCUCGAGCUUCCCAAGACCCUGUAACUCUCAUUCUACAGCCAAACCCAUAAAUGGCGACCGCAUUCUUCUCACUCAAUCGCCUCAAAAUGGACCGUAUGAACUGGGUUUUUCUCCUUCUCUCGUGUUAUGCUGUUGCUGCUCGAGCUUCUGACUAUCUCCUCUCACCUAAAGGGGUUAACUUUGAAGUGGCUGCAUUAAUGUCGAUAAAGAGCAAACUAAUGUACGAGAAUCAUGUUCUUGAUGGUUGGGACAUAAAUUCGGUUGAUCCUUGUACAUGGAACAUGAUUGGUUGUUCUCCUGAAGGGUUUGUGAUAUCUCUUGAAAUGGCAAGUGCAGGAUUGUACGGGAUACUCUCUCCAAGUAUUGAGAAUUUGACUCAUCUUGAGACAAUGCUAUUCCAGAACAACAAAUUAUCUGGUUCAAUCCCAUCAGAAAUCGGGAAGCUCUCAGAGCUUCAAACUCUAGAUCUUUCGGGUAAUCAAUUCGAAGGUCACAUUCCAAGUUCUUUGGGUUUCUUAACUCAUCUCAGUUACUUACGGCUCAGUAGAAACAAACUGAAUGGACAAAUUCCCGAACCUGUUGCAAAUCUCACUGCUCUAUUGUUCUUAGAUCUUUCGUAUAAUAACCUCAGUGGUCCUACUCCCAAAAUUCUAGCUAAAGGCUACAGUAUUACAGGAAACAGCUACCUUUGUUCUUCCCUGUCGUCUCAAAUUUGCAACGAUGUCCCAAAACCUGAUGUUAAUGAGACGAGUUCAUAUACAAAAACCAAUUAUCACCAUGAACGGGUAAUUUCAGUUGCAGUUGGUGUAAGUUGCACGUUUAUUGCUUCUAUGAUGGUUCUCGUUUGUUGGGUGCAUUGGUACAGAUCUCGUCUUCUUUUAGCCUCCUAUGUGCAGCAAGAUUAUGAUUUUGACAUCGGCCAUCUAAGGAGAUUUACUUUCCGUGAACUGCAAACUUCAACUAGCAGUUUUAGCCCGAAGAACAUCAUAGGACAGGGCGGAUAUGGAGUUGUUUACAAAGGUUGUCUUCCAAAUGGGAAUUCGAUUGCAGUUAAAAGAUUGAAGGAUCCGAAUUUCACAGGGGAAAGGCAGUUUCAAACUGAAGUUGAAAUGAUUGGUUUGGCUUUGCAUCGGAAUCUUCUACAGCUAUAUGGUUUUUGUAUGUCUUCUAAUGAGAGGUUGCUUGUUUAUCCUUAUAUGCCUAAUGGGAGUGUUGCAGAUCGAUUAAGAGACACUCGCCAGGAAACUCCAUCAUUGGAUUGGAGCAAACGAAUGCAUAUCGCCAUCGGAGCUGCUCGUGGACUUGUAUACUUGCAUGAACAAUGCAAUCCGAAAAUAAUCCACAGGGAUGUAAAAGCUGCAAAUAUUUUGCUUGAUGAAAGUUUUGAAGCGGUUGUUGGGGAUUUUGGCCUUGCUAAGCUAUUGGAUUGUCGCGAUUCUCAUGUCACAACUGCUGUUCGGGGAACUGUUGGACAUAUUGCCCCUGAGUAUCUCUCAACUGGACAGUCUUCUGAGAAAACCGAUGUUUUUGGAUUUGGCAUACUUUUGUUAGAACUCAUCACAGGUCAGAAGGCUUUGGAUGCUGGAAAUGGUCAGGUUCAAAAGGGAAUGAUCCUUGAUUGGGUGAGGACCUUGUUUGAGGAGAAAAGACUAGAAGUGAUUGUCGAUAGGGAUCUAAGAGGAUGUUUCAGCACGGAAGAGCUUGAAAAAACAGUACAAGUUGCUCUUCUUUGCACCAAAUCAAGUCCCAAUCUCCGUCCAAAGAUGUCUGAAGUCCUUAGAAUACUAUUGAGCACAGUUGGGCAACAAUCAGAACAUAUGGAUGAACCACAAAACACAAGUGACAACACUGAGGUGCGAAAUUUCAGUUUCUCGAGAAACUAUAGUGGUGAUGGCAAUGGCGAGUCUUCCUUCGUCAUUGAACCGAUAGAACUUUCUGGACCCAGGUGAAUCAGCGCAUUCAAUACACAAAAAUAUUGCCCCUAGUUUGAAUAUGUUGUUGAUAAUGAGAUUAUAAUGUCCCCAUUGUUGAAGGCUGGCAAAGGAAGAAAUGGAUAUAGUUUUUUGUAAGAA